AUGUCGGCCGAAUCUCGCUGUCCGCUCGGCUUCACGGGCACGCCACCGGGCGCAAAGACGGGCAAGGAGUGGAACCCCUACGUCCUCCUCGCCCUCGACGCCGCCUUCCUGAUCCUCUGCGUCAUCGUCGCCAAGAACUGGUCAAAAAUCACGGGGAAGCCGGCCGUGGACGCUAGGACCAAGGCCGAUUGA